AUGGAUCUCAACGCGCGGCUCGAGCUGAAUACGCGCGUGCUGCGGCGCUUUGAUCCGCACUUUGCGCAGAUCAUUGGCAUUGCAUCCUUUGCCGUAUUGUAUAGUUAUGACAAGGAAUGGACGAAAACGGGCACCGAAGGUCCACUCUUCCUCUACCAGCGCACGGAAGCGCCGUACUACUCCCUCCAGAUUCUGAACCGUAAUGACCCGGAAAAUUUCUCGGUGGGCGUGACGCCCGACGAUGACAUUGAACUCAGCAAUGAAUUCAUCAUUUACCGGCCGCGGCACUCGGACCAGGAAGGUGCCGAGGUUGACGAGGAGGAUAUCUACGGCAUCUGGAUCUUUGAGCCAUCGCAGCUGUCGCAGCUCGGUGAGAUGAUCCAAAAGCUCCAGCAGUCGCCGUAUCCGCCGCCGCCGGCCGUACAGGAGGUCAAGACAGAGGCCAAGUCAAUCGAUAUGGACGCGCUCUUUGGCGCGAGCGCCAAGGACGCAGCACCUGCAGAUGGCGCCGCGACGGAGCAUGUGCACUCCGAAUCCGACCGGAACGGCGCAUCGAUCCUCAAUGCACUCUUCCACGACGCGGCUCCUGCCGAGGGAUGGAGCGAGCUCCAAAAAGACGAUGCACACGUGCCGAGUAACGCGACGUACGAGAGCGACGAAAAUGCAUACAAUACGCCUGCCGAGUCGCCGCAUGUGGUGGCGAACGCUGCGACCGACGACGUCGAAGCGCUGGACAAACAGGACGACGUGCAGGACACAGAGGUCGGCAAGAAGGCCGAGGCACAAGAAAAAGGCGAGCCGGCUCCAGGGCCGGAGCAGGCACCAGCGCCAGGCGCAAAGUCGAUUAGUCUCGACGCGCUUUUCGCUGGCGCCAGCCUUGGAGGAGCCAGUGAGGCUCCGAAGCCCACGGAGCCUGAAAAGGAGGCGGCGGGAGCGCCUGUCGAGCGCGCCGAGCCCGAUCCUGUUGCUACUGUUGAGCCCGAGGCGGAGCCUGCUGCGGAGGCUGAGCCGGAGGCCGAGACUGCGCCAGAGCCGACAGAGCCCGAGCCCAAGGCUGCCGAGCCUGUGCAGCCCGCCGAGCCUGUGCAGCCGAAAGCGCCUCUCGAAGCGGCGCAGCCGACGUCGAAAGAGCACACGACCAAUCUCCUUUCGUUCCUCUCCUCAGGCAAGGCGCCGGAGCGGGUCGCGGCACAGACCAAGCACUUGUCGCGUAUGGAGUUUGUGCAAACGAUGGUGACGCUUCUUUACACUGAUACGGAAUACGUCGACCAGCUGUAUGCGAAAUACGUGGCGGAGCAAUAG